AUGAAAAAGUUAUCAUCUCAUUCAUGCAACUUGGUUUGUUUGCUUAUCUACGCCCUGGAAUACAGUGCCUACGCCCUGGAAUACAGUGCCUACGCCCUGGAAUACAGUGCAUAUGCCCUGGAAUACAGUGCCUACACCAUGGAAUACAGUGCCUAUGCCCUGGAAUACAGUGCCUACACCAUGGAAUACAGUGCAUAUGCCCUGGAAUACAGUGCCUACACCAUGGAAUACAGUGCAUAUGCCCUGGAAUACAGUGCCUACACCAUGGAAUACAGUGCAUAUGCCCUGGAAUACAGUGCCUACACCAUGGAAUACAGUGCCUAUGCCCUGGAUUACAGUGCCUACACCAUGGAAUGCAGUGAAUACGCCCUGGAAUACAGUGCCUACACCAUGGAAUACAGUGCCUAUGCCCUGGAAUACAGUGCCUACACCAUGGAAUACAGUGCCUAUGUCCUGGAAUACAGUGCCCACACUAUGGAAUACAGUGCAUAUGCCCUGGAAUACAGUGCCUACACCAUGGAAUACAGUGCCUAUGUCCUGGAAUACAGUGCCCACACCAUGGAAUACAGUGCAUAUGCCCUGGAAUACAGUGCCUACACCAUGGAAUACAGUGCAUAUGCCCUGGAAUACAGUGCCUACACCAUGGAAUACAGUGCCUAUGCCCUGGAUUACAGUGCCUACACCAUGGAAUACAGUGCAUAUGCCCUGGAAUACAGUGCCUACACCAUGGAAUACAGUGCAUAUGCCCUGGAAUACAGUGCCUACACCAUGGAAUACAGUGCAUAUGCCCUGGAAUACAGUGCCUACACCAUGGAAUACAGUGCCUAUGCCCUGGAUUACAGUGCCUACACCAUGGAAUGCAGUGAAUACGCCCUGGAAUACAGUGCCUACGCCCUGAAAUACAGUGCUAAGCCCUGA